UUCACCGCCACUUUGAAUUAAAUGUGAAAAUCUCACCGCCACUCUGUCAAAUUUCACAACCCCCUCUCUCUCCCAAAAAACCCUAAAUCUCCCUUCUUUCUCUAAUUCUUCAUCCAAUCUGUUGGCGUUUAGGAGAAAUCGCCGAGCCGAGGGGAACCAAGUAAAGCAUUAGAGAAAAGACAGGCAGAGUCCGGUCGCAUUAGAGAGAAAUAUCCGGAUAGAAUUCCAGAAUUGUGAGUAACUACUUUCCGUCUAUGCCUGAAUUAUGCCGUGUCGGUGGUGCCUUGUUCAUGAUGCACACCCCAAAGUCGGGUAGGUCCAAAUUGUUGUGGUCUGCACCGUCACCACCAAUGCCCGUUGGUUCUUCUACUAUGACCUGGACUUGUUGCGCUGCUUUGGAGUCAAGGCGAUUAUUCCCCACGAUAGUCCCGUUACGUGAUGGCAGGAUAUUAAUCUGCGGGGGCACUCCUCAACUAAAAAGUUGGAUUGAGAUCUACGACCCGCAGAAAGGCGAGUUUGACCGGAGGAACGCUCCUAAGCUGCUCUUUGACUUUAGUCCCUUCUCAUCGGCUGGCUUUGAGUUGACGAACGAUUUGGUUAUGCUGUUCUUCCCUAAGCUUUACUUAACAACAGGAAUCAGCGUAUCAACUCUUCUCUUGUACAAUGUGGAAAUUGACCACGGGGAAGUCUUCAAUGUGGAACUCCCCAAAUCUGAACGCUAUUCCUUGGAGCAGAGGAAGUGGAUAUAUGUGGGGGGAGGCAUCCUAUUCCUUAUCGACCAAGCAUCUGGUUGGUUUGUCUACCAUCUCAAAGCCAAAAAAGUGGUGGCGAAGGUGGACGUGAUGGUUGAGGAUAAGGAAGGAAAAGUGAUGCAAGCUUUGUACCUCGACAACAAUGAUCAAAAUACUAGUUGGAUCUUCCACAUAUUCGUGGAAGAGGAGACUCAAACUAGAAUUCGUUAUGCCAAGAUCGAAGUUUCCCAAGCGGAUUACACUGCUACAGUUCAGUUGAGCUGUAAUCUGGGAUUUAGUUUCUAUAACGACAUUUAUGUCAUUGCCGAUGAAGGGAGCUGCGAAGGAGGACCCGUUGAAAGAGAAAGAGGAGAAGGAUCAGAAGUGAAUGAAAGCAUGAAAAGGAGGAGGAUCAGUAGGGAAUGAAAGCAAAGCAUGCUUCUUGCACAUUGAAGAUGAUGAACUAACCUACCGUAUGUGCUUGUGUAGUUCAAUUUAGUUUUGUUUUGUUUGGAUUGACUAAUGGUGUAAUUGUUGUUUAGUAAAAUGGUUGUGAUUGAA